AUGACUACCACCUUAUCUGGGCCAGAGGCAUGGAGCCUUUUGACACUCUCUGCGGCCUGUGUUGGCAUCCUAAUCAACACGUUCCAUGGCGAUGGCGAGCCUCUAAUCGCCUCGUUGGCAUUUAGCGGUCUAGCAUUCGCUCUCACCUUCAGCCUGAUUCGAUGGCUCGGAGACGUUUUCAUGAAAGUGAAUCUAAAGGGCCGAGACAUGUCAAAGCUCAACCAGAUCGAAAUCCCGGAGACUAUGGGGGCUGUAUGCGCUGUAGUCCAUCUUCUCACGAUAAUUAUUUUCAUACCUUUUCCAUUUUACAAAGAUAUUGUGGCCGCCACUUCAGGCGGAGGCAAUAAAGAACUCGUCAUUGAACACCAGUUUGUCGAGACGGGUCGGAGUUUGCAUCGCUUUCCACAUAACAAGUUGGCAACGUAUCUAUCUGCAAUCUUGUCCCUACAAUCUGUUGUUCUAUUAGGCAUCGGCGACGAUUUGUUCGACAUUCGGUGGCGACAUAAGCUCUUCAUACCAGCCUUUGCUUCGAUUCCUAUGUUAGUCGUCUAUUUUGUCGAUUACGGCGUCACGAAUGUCGUGGUACCGGUGCAACUGGAGCAGUACCUGGGCAAGAUGGUAAAUCUGGGCUGGCUGUAUUAUGCUUACAUGGCUGCAAUUGCCAUAUUCUGCCCGAACAGCAUCAACAUUCUGGCUGGCAUCAAUGGCAUCGAGGUUUCUCAAUCGUUAGUCAUCGGGUGCCUCUUGCUCGCCAACGACGUCCUAUCUCUCUACGCAGCUCCGAGUACUCCGAAUCCUCACCCAGCGACCGAUCCUCACCUGUUCUCAAUGUAUUUGCUUUUGCCAUUCAUGGGAGUUUCGAUGGCUCUCUGGUGGCACAACUGGUAUCCAGCAAAGGUAUUCGUGGGUGACACAUACUGCUAUUUCGCGGGCAUGGUCUUCGCCAUUGUGGGCAUCCUUGGACAUUUCAGCAAGACGGUUCUCCUUCUAUUCAUACCACAAAUCAUCAACUUCAUCUACUCUGCACCACAGCUGUUCCGGCUCAUACCUUGUCCAAGACAUCGUCUGCCCCGAUUCAACGCGCGAAGCGGCCUCUUAGAACCGUCAAUGACGCAAUGGCAACACCCGCCGUCCAAGCCUGUGGUUCUGCUGAUGAGCCUGCUCGCCAAUUUUCCCGUACCCUUACUUAAACUGGAAAAGAACAGUGAGGGAGAGAUUGUCGAGUCUACCAAUUUGACUUUACUAAACAUUUGGCUUGUCUGGUUUGGUCCCAAGAGGGAAGACCGUCUUGCAAUUGAACUUCUUGUUAUGCAGGCAUUGUGUGGUAUUUUAGGCCUAUUUGUACGACAUGAGCUCGCUCUAUGGGUAUUUAGACAGGAUAAUAGGGAAUAG